UUUCUGCGACGACGCAUCGAGUCGAGCGCGUCCCAAGACGGCAAUAGUAGUCUGCAUCAUUGCCAACAGGGGUUCGUUUGCUUGCUUGGGUCGUGCUUCCCCUCCACAUUUCGCCUCAGGAGCUCUCUGACAGCAACACUGCAUCCGUCCAGUAGCUGAAGCCAGUCUGGACUCUACGCGUCUCCUCUUCGCUUCUUACACUCGCUCGCUCGCCCCCACGUCUGUCAUCGGCCAUGGUCAGCUCCUGCCUCUUCUAGAGCGCCUGCCUCGUCGCGCGUGCCCCCGUUCACCCUCACCCACAGCCCACGGCCGGCUGCGCUACCUUUCCAGCUCUGCCCGCCAAGUGGGCGCCGUUGUUCCAAACGCUCACGACUGCGCCACAACACACCCAAACCCGUGCAGUCGCAACAGGCGCCGGCGAACAUGAAGAGAGGGCGCUGAAGAUCAUGGCAGCCACUUCACCGCGCAAUGCCGCUCCGCCACGGCUCCACAGCAGGCCGCCCGCCGACAUACCCUCCCUCCAGCCCACACAGUCGCCGCCGCGAUCCAGGCGGAAAGGCCGCACGAUGCAUCUGCUCGUCCUGCUCCUCGCCGCAGCGUGCUUCCUCGGCCGUGCAGAGGCCGUCUUCGUAAACUUCGAAAACUGCCUCGACCCGCUGUACCUGGGGGAAGUCCCGUUCCUCACCUUCACGCCCAUGUACGUGUGGGCGGCCUUCGACACGGAAGCGUCGCGGCACAAGCUGAACGUCACCGUCUAUGGCAACGUAUCGGGCCAGGCAACCCCAGGCCCAUACCCUGCCCUCGACAGCGACAACUGGACCAACAAGAACAAAUCUUUUGGAAAGAUCAUCAAUGUCGACCCGGUGAACAACAAAUACACGACCCUCUUUUCCAGCUUCAAGGUUCUGUCCUACUCCGCCUGGACCUCGCAGCCCGACCAGUUUUGCGCCAACACGUUGAACUCGCCCUGUCCCGUCGGGCCCGCCUUCUUCGCCAAUUCAAGCGACCCAUACUCUCUGCCGGCAUUCAGCAUUGCACACGACUUCUCCAGCGCAUAUUCCUUUGCGACGUGGGAGUCGACGCUGAGCAUCGUUUCCGGCGACGCAAGAGCUGUGCCCCUGGGUUGCGUGUCUGCCAAUCUCACACCAGACCUGGGGAGCCAGUUGUCUGGGGCGCUUGCGUACAUGCCAGCUGCUGUGCUUGGCCUUGUGGCCCUGGCAACCAUGUUUGCGGCGACAUGCAGCCCUUGGGGAACGUCGAAUAUCUUCCGUUGGACGAGCAAUUAUGGCCGCGACGAGGACUUGCUGCGUCUUGUCACGCCGGGUUUUGGCGACUGUCUGCAAUACAUACAAUUCAUCGUCUUGGCAGGCAGCUUGACCCUGGACUACCCCGGCUUCUUUCAGCCAGUAGUCAGUCAGGCCAGCUGGUCGCUCCUCCUCUUCAAUGAAAGCUUCGUGAGCCAGGGCGACGGGUUUCAGAGUCUCGAGGACGGGCUCUAUUUUGCCAACGGGACAUACGGAUUGACACGGCUUGGGCAAUAUGUAGGCAUGUCUGAUUCGGAGGACAUAUGGGCAUGCAUGGCUAUUUUUCUUCUCGUGCUUGUCGCCGUUGCGAUCACCAUCACUCAGAUCGGUUUCGUGGGACGAUGGUUCUUCCGUCUACUUACCAACACGCAGGAUGGCGACCUCAGAGGCAAGAACUGGUCGUUUACCGCAGGCAACAUUGUUCGCAUUGUCUUCAACUAUUUCCUACUACCCAUCAUUUCCCUCUCUCUGUUCCAGUUAGUCGUCGCACCACGUUCCUCGGCGUCCGUCAUAGCUACGGCUGUUGUCCUUCUGCUCGGGGUAAUGGGACUAGCCGCUUGGAUAUUCUGGUUAAUCUUCACAACACGCCCACGAGCUCACCUUUUCGAUGAUCUACCGACCGUCUUGACUUACGGGCCGCUUUACAACACAUACUCGGACGAUGCUGCGCCGUUCGCCUUUAUUCCUGUACUACUGACUACUAUACGUGGCAUUGCCGUUGGUGCUAUACAGCCUUCUGGUAUUGCACAAAUUAUCAUGCUUGCUAUCUGCGAGGUCAUCAUGAUUCUCACAUUGCAUGCCUUCCGACCGUUUCAAUCCAACACAUCCAUGAACGCCUACCAUACCUUUUUCUCGGUUGUUCGGCUGACUUGUGUUCUACUCUCAGUUGCUUUUGUGCCCACUCUUGGAGUUUCGGAAGGCCCCAGAGGUUGGAUCGGUUAUGCCAUUCUUCUACUGCAUGGCAUCGUCCUUGUUUUUGGCUUUUUCCUCAACUCCCUACAAACUCUGAUCGAAGUUGCUGCGAGGAUGGCAGGUGCAGGAACAGACACAAGAGGAGGUCUUACCAAAGUCUUUGGGAAACGCCAAUUGUCGAAGCGGACAAGCCACCGACACGGGCGUGGCAGUAUGAACUCCAAUGCGGCAAUGCUUGGUCAUGACGAGAACAAGAGCAUUCCACUGAUCAAUAGUCGGUCCAGAAGCUUAUCCGCUAGUUCCGCUGUGCUUCUUAACCAGCACUACGAUAGAGACAGCCAGCGCGUGAGCACAGGGUUCGAUCAAUUCAGCCAGGGUGAUUACGGAAACAUAAGCCCAGAUACUCCUGGGACGAACGCGACUCCAUUUCACUUCUUGGGAGGCGGCUCCAGCCAGAACUCUCGACGGCCAACGAUAAACACCAAUCUGGAUAGCGCCGAUCCAUACUACCGACCUCCACGGGCGCGUAAACAUACAAUGGAUUCCAUGAUACCAGGAGCGCAAGUCAGAGCACCUGCGCCCACUGGAGGCGCCGAUAUUGCCGACGCACCGUAUACAGAUCAUCUGGACCUUGAAGCAGGCGACAAUGGCGAAGGUCCAUCUCGAACCCGAAGCACGAUUACCCCGGCCUACCUUCGAAUGAACCGGGAUGAUUCGGAUCCAAACCUUGAGCGAAGAAAUCAGACGGAUUACACCGUGCGUGAAUCCGACUUUUAUUACGGUCUUCGCGGCCCGGCUUUGUCUUCGCAGCCCACUCGGAAACUCAAGACUGGUCCUGCUGAUCCUAUGAGCCCGGUGUCUUCCGCAACAGGGUGGUUCAAGAGCCUGAAUCUGCUUGGUGGCAGAAAGAAAGAGAAGAGUAAAGGAUUUGAAGUUGUCAGGAGCACGCGCAUGCCGCCACAAAUGGCUGCUACUGGAGAAAGCAAGCAGUCUCCAGAAGUACCACAAGAGCCCUAUCACGACAGUCCGGCCACGUCACCCGAAACAAAGAAAGGCGAACUGAUGGACUCGGCCUACGAUGUGCCGUCAGGAGGGCUUCAGGCUAGGCGGUCGCAAGGUCACAAAGCAGGUGUAGCGUCAGCGGGCAUAUUGGAAGGGAAAAGGAGACAGUCGAUUGACAGUGAGUCAAGUCAGAGCGAAGACACGUCUCUGGACAAUGAGCCUUUCGACGACAGUGGUGUUAAUCGAAUCUCUGAUAUUGCGCCAUCACUGGGACCCAUCGAGAUGGGCGGGGGUAUCGAGCUUCCCAGUAGGAUUGGGUCGCGUGCAUCCCACGCUACUCGACGGCAACCCUCGAGUCGUACACCCCAUAUACCACGGAGAAGCUCUCGGCGAACACCAUCCACGGAAGCUGCAAUCCUUCAGGGCACCUCUCGACUUUCGGCAGUGCUAGACUCUCCUAUCCCUAGUCAACAUCUCCAACCUUUGCCCAUCCGUCUCCCAUUUGGAUCCAGCGAGCCCUCUCCCGAACGUUCGCCAGCAUCGAGCAUCUAUCGCGACGAAGCGGAGCUCGCGCCUGCACCGGCCACUCGAGGUCAGAGGCUCAAUACAGGUUAUGUGCAACAUCAUGUGACCAAGGACAGCCUCCAGAAUGAUGGGUAUGAUGUUAGGAACCAUCUCGAGGCUUCAGCGGAGUUUGUGGACCGUAGUCGAAGUGGGAGCACAACAAAAAGUGGGACGAGUCAUAGGUUGAGAUGAUUGUUCGAUGUUUGAUUUUGUCUGCCAACGUGCAGCGGCGCAGAUUUAGAGGGUCACUUUUUUUGUAAUUCUGUCUCCCAUGCAGACGUAGGGUUGGGGUCACGAAUUUCUUUUGUGUACAACUAGUGUUUGAGUCAAAAUGGCGCAUCUUUUGGGCGGCGGUGAGCAGCAUACUGGUGAGGCGCAGAUGGGGUUUGGAUCGGGCAGGCAUUACACAUUUUUAUUCACAAGACAAAAUCGGGAUUGUGAUUCUUACUGAAACUAGG